AUGAGUUCCGGAUUGGUUCCAGGAUCUAAGUCUAGCUUUUUUGCAUUUCCAGCUUCAAAAUUAAAGUUUGGUCAACAGCUUAAGAAGUCACAGUUAUUAUCAACUCUCUGGUAUAAGUCUCCAUCAUUCAACUUGGAAAGCGAUGCGUUAAAUGCACCAAGUACUUUACCCCUUGAUCUUAAGCCUAGAGCCGAAAUCUUCCAUGAAGUUCAAGUGGAAAACCCAAACAAGACAGGGAUGUUUUUAAAGGUUAAACAAUUUGGCACAUACGGUAAAUCGUUAGUGAAGUUUUACAAGAAAGGUGUAUCCAAUGUAUGGAGCAAUAAGAAAGAAUUUAAUAGAUUGAUGAAAAAGGACUUUAAAAUUAUUAACCAAUUAAACAACAGAGGGAAACAAAUAGAUAUUCGAAUUCCCAAUUUCCACAAAUUAACUCAUGAAAUGUCCCAAGCCAUAUAUAUGAAUAAAAUUGAAAACGGCACGUUGAAUGAUAACACUCGAGGAGAAGUAAUUAGGUCUGAUGUGAUAGAGAAGAAAAUAGACGAGGGAUUGUUUAAUAUGACAAGACAUCAGUAUCAGUUAAUCAGGCGUACACGUAAAGACUUUUUGAAAUUGCCUACAUUUGCAGUUAUAUUUGCGGUGUUUUUUGAAUUCACCCCAGCCAUAUGCUACGUCUUUCCAGAGAUAACCCCUCUGACAUGUAUUUUGCCUAGUCUUGCACCUAGGAUCUGGAAUGCAAACGCAAGCAAGAAGUUAAGAGAUCACAGGUUAGACAAGAAAGGUGAAAUAUUGGACGACUUGGCUUUAAGAAAUGCUUAUAACAUUCCUUUGGACGAAGCAAGAUUGCUUUGUAAAGCAUUGUGCUUGACAUCCAAGUACGUGCCAAAUACUUUGUACCCCGAGACAGUCAUUCGUGACCGUUUACAACUUCAUUACAAUUAUUUAAAGGUCGACAACUAUUAUUUGAGUGGCCUCAACGGUGAAAGUUCAGGAAAUAUCUGGGACUUAUCGCAACAAGAGCUCUUCAGAGCAUGUUUAGAAAGGAACUUAAUCCUUGAUCUCAAGCAAGAUAUCAAGAAUUAUGACAAUAUAGAAGAUGAAGCAGCCCAAGCAGUUUACGAGGAGAAGUAUUUUGCUCAAUUGAGAUUAAAACUAUUCCAUUUUAUUGUGGAUUUUGAGCAAUAUAAUAUAGGAUACUUAGGGAUGAAUCAUUUGGUUAAAGAUAAAAUGGACACUGAAUCUCUAUUAUUGUGGUGGAAAAAGGACAAUAUUAAAUAA